CUUCCCUUAUACCCUCCCAUUUAUGCAGAUGUAUUAGACGGGAAGCACAACUGCCUCUAUCCGCUUCAGCAGCGGGGAAUCGAUUUUACCCAAGUGGUGUGUGCUUUGGCUGCUCUUCCUUUGGCAGCAAUACGACCUCCGCCUCCGCCUCCGCGUUGGCUGCCUUGGCCCCCUCGGCCGUGCCGGACAGACUGGAUGGACCGUGACAACCCAACGGGAAGUGGAGACUGGGAGACUAUCAGUUGCCUGAAGAGGAGGUACCCCAAGCGAAUGUGCCCUAACCCCAUCGCCAUCGAGGUGGCAACUGUGGAUGGCAUCAGCCUGGCGGAUGCAGGCAAUGUGUUUUAUAAGAACGAUCACAUCACUGGACUCAUCUGUAAGAACGCAGAUCAGAAGACAUGCUUCUGCCGGGACUACAAAGUCCGUUUUGUCUGCCACCCUUCAUUCUGUGGCAGGAUGAGAGAUGAGAUUCUGUUUAAGGAUGACAGACCUCUAUCUAUUGGAGAUCUAAGGGUGUGAGACAACACAAGUGCAUGCAUUUUCAAUGUGCACCUUCCCCAGUAGUGUAGCAGUGAAUACUGAGAUGUAUUUCUGUAACAGCAUCGACAUCUAACAUCUGUUGUUGUUGUGCUGUCUUGAUGGUUUAAAAGUCAAAAAGUAUGCAGAGAAAUAAUAAA